AUGGCCAGUCAAGAACUGCCCUUCACAGACAUCUUGUCUGAAAUUGAGUUGGAAUCAACAAGCAUCUCUGUGAUCGAUGAGAUGAGGCGAUAUCUGCAGAACAUCACUCUUCCACUUCAAUUAGAUGAGGUGGUUGAAGUAUUAGACGUGGACAUCACGACAGUGUGCAAUUUCAAUGACAGUGGAUACAAGUGUGUAUGUGAGGACCAGUAUUUCUGGCCGUGUGAUAAAUGCAAAGAAUAUGGGAGCUGUGACAGCAUCACUAACAACACAUGCAGCUGCAUCAAUGAUAUUCCAAGUGACAGACAGUUCUGUCAAAGAGUCAACGAGAUAACAAGUGAUAACAUAACAUGUGCGCAACCAGCAACAGGUACGUAA